UUCUCCUUCGCUUUGCAUGCUGGGAAGCAGUCACUCUUCUCCGUCAUGGCGGCUCGUGUCCUGUUGCAGUGUGCCCGCUCGCUCGCCCGGCCCUCGCUGAGGCUCAGCUCUGGAAGCUUGGCAACCAGAGCCGCUGUUGCUGCACCGACAGCAGCCCUUCGCCGGCCCGUGUCCUUCGCCGCAGACAGCCGGAGGACGCGGUGGCUUGUCCAGAGCCGGGUCUCAUCGGUGGGUAUUUUGUGCCGACAUUAUGGAGAUCUUCCCCCACUCACCAUAGAGGACAUCAGAGAACGCGUGCUUUAUGUGCUUAAACUCUACGACAAGAUAAGUCCAGAGAUGCUUCAGCAAAACUCCCACUUCAUGAAAGACCUGGGUUUAGACAGCUUGGACCAGGUGGAGAUUAUAAUGGCUAUGGAGGACGAGUUUGGUUUUGAGAUUCCAGAUGGAGAAGCAGAGAAGUUGAUGACCCCUGAGGAGAUUGUACAGUACAUCUCAGACAAACAGGAUGUUUAUGAGUAACCUGUCCUCCAGCUCACUUCACCGUUUUCAGAGCUGUUGACCCCAAUGUGAUGCACACAGGAAGUGAAGCAGACGGCCACUAAUUACAAAUCCCACUUCCUCCACAUCAGAUGUUCUCUGUUGCAGCAUUGUUGGUGUCGGCUGCAUUAUUUUGUGUUAAUCUGUAUUUAAGUGACCAUGUGCUCUGGGAGCUUAGAGACAAUACAAAAAUAUUCCUGAAAGGUUCAAACAGGAUUCUGACUUUUUUUUUCUUCAGCUCCGUACUGUGGUUCCUAUGUAUAAUUUCUCAUGAGUAAUACGUCAAUAAAAACAAACUAUGUGUA